AUGAAUGAAGAGGUUCAGAAUUAUCCUAGCCAAGGGAAACACAAGCUUAAACUGGGACUGAUAAAGCGAAAACCGAAGCGUUCCUCCACGUCGGCUUCUAUUGAGAACGGAAUGACUUAUUCACGUUCUUCAGCGGAUUUGACGUCACCCGCGUCUGUGGUGGACGGCCCGGGCUUUCCAGGAAUUUUAACUCCUCCUCGAACACCCUCAGCUCCUGGUUCAAUCCACGAAAGCAACGUUGAUGUACCAGUCCCAGUGUGCGAUCACCCACACGAUUGGAAGGAAAUGUCCAACGUCACCGUAAACAUUCCCAUCAGCGAGAUUUUUGAUCUGAUGUAUGUCGGCUCGAAGUAUUUGGUCAAGUUUCUUGAAGACAGAAAAACCACGGACCUUUGCAUUGGUCCAAUGAGCACUCAGAGAGAUGGACUGCGUGGGAGAUCGUCUACAUUCACGGUAUUCAGGCUUGCAAAAAUGGCGAUAGAAAGUUUAGUGUGGAGACAAGUAGGGCUUUUCUAUGGAGGUAUGGGACCCGCAGUAGAAGAAGCUGCGCGGAUGUCUCAAGCCGAACGAGAUUCGUGGAAAAGCGUAGUAUUCCCCCUUGAAGACUCACCUGGAAGUCCAUCAGCUUCAGUAGCUCCAUCAAGUAAUAACACAACGUCGUCGACACCAACGCUCGGCCCAGUAUACCAUGAAACGCCUCGCGUGGAACGCGUUGCAGCCGUCACGCCUGCCGUGAUGGGCACUGUUACUUCGCUUCCCGUGCCGUAUUGGUGGAUAAUGGUGCUUUUACUUUCGCUUACUUGGUUGAAUGCUUUCAUGGUUGCUCGCUUGUUUACGGCCCCUCCGGAUCCGGUUGGCAGCGUCGUGGCUCCUCUGGGUACAGCCGUGGCGCCGUUUCCUCAUCAGCAUAUGGUUGACCGCGGCGUGUUGUCCAGCUAUCGUCGAUUUGCCGAUUAUCAAAAGGAUUUUCGGAAGUCACAGGUGGUUUAUUGGAAGCGGGUUGCGGAUAUGGCGGAAGAAUUAUUGCGAGAAGCGGAAAUGAGUUUAGAAUCGUUGGACGAACCAGGGGAGAGAGCAGAAACCCCAAGUCAAAAAGCCCCUGUCAAAGAACCUCCUGAAACCUGAUGAGAAAAUGAAAUGAAGAACAAAUGAAAGCCCGUGGAACGAUAAGUAUGAUGCAAACAAGGGGAUUCAACUUCGCGUUUCUCUCUCUUGUGAACUUUUUUUGAAGUCAUAUGCACGAUUUUUUAUUCGGGAAAUUAUAGUGAAGCGUCGUUCAAAGCUGUGUUGUCAAGGGAAUGCUCCAUUUGUAACUGGGGGAAGUUACUUGUAUCCUUUGAGCUACUGAUGUGAUUGAAUGGGGAGUUUUUAUGAAAGCGUGAACAAAUAUUGCCAUGCCUUCCCCUUUUCUUUUUUUGAGUGAAGUGGAAAUAUUGUUAUCACACUGGAUUUCCAAAAUGAGUUCUGAAUUCUCGAGACGCACGAAUGGGUUUUUCGGUUCGGGGUACUAUCAAGGAAAUCCGCGUCGGGAGAGUGUGUUCCGCUGAUUGUUUCCGUAAAAUUUACAUGAUCGGAGGAAUGUGCGAUCGUAGGUAAUUCUGAGCAGUUGAUGGUCUCGGAAUGCUCAUGUGAGAUGAUUCGAAUGAUAUUUCCAAAUUUGAGGGCUGUUGAAUUUAAACCCCACCUGUAUUGUUUAGAAUUGGUGCGCGGAUUUUGCGGGUUUCUUCUGUUCCCUUCCGAAAAUGAUAAACAAAGCAAGUUUGCGUUGCA